UUCGAUAUCUCGAGGGUUCAGAUUGGCCGUGAUUUAUAAGAACGAUUCGAUGUGACGUUAUUUCAGUACACUUUGAACUGUUGCAGAGAAGCAUUACAGCAAUAAACAUUACUAAUCAUGUCCGUCCCAACUGUGACCAUCAAUGAGCUGUCGAAGGGUAUCGAAGACAACUCUAACGUGUCAAGCGUGAAGAAAGUUCUGGAAGGUAUCCUCAAUGAUUACAUGGAUCUUCAGUAUGGAAAAUCUACUCCAUACACAACUGGCAAGCAAGUGGUCCCCAGCGGGUCUUCGAUAGAAGAUGUGGAUGCUGGGCUUGCUAGCGACACUGAGAAGAAAUUCAAAGAUAUUUUCGCAAAGAUCUCAGAAACGCACAAGAGCGGUGACUUCUCCCCAAAAUCUGUGAACGAUGGAUCUUGGGACCCGAAAUUCACGCCUGUGUUUGUGUUUGUCGCUCCCAAUCCUUAGAUUAUAAUGUCCUAGUUUUAAUUUAUUAUGUUAUUUAUAUUAUAGUUCCCUUAAUUUAAUGGCAAAUAAAGCAUAAUUU